AGCGAGAGAGGGGUGUAGCUCAAACAGGUGUAUCCCAAACAGGUAACGCUGCAACUUAUACGUCUAAAGGGCAAACAUGAUGGCGUGGGCUUAACAACCAUACAGGACUCUAAACUCAAAGGAUUUAACUUUUUCACAAGGACAGGGUUGCGCACAGUUUUUCCAUUUCUCAAAGGGAUCUGGUUCUCAAAAAAAAGGAUGAUCCGGCAGUACGAGGCAUGAGCGUGCCUCAAUGCUUCGAGCCUGCCUGUCAGUUAGGAUCGUAUUACCUGGACUUAUGAGCUUUUUUCCACUGCUGAAAUUGUCAAAAGUUGUGCACAGUUAACAGCAACUCCCAGAGAGAAUGACAUCUCUGCUGAACAGACUCUCUCUGUGCCUCUUUGUCCUCCAUGUCUUUGUGACAGUGAUAAAAGGAGACUUUGUGGCACCUCCUCCAAACUAUUCCUUAACUUCCCUGGCGGAGGAAGAGACCAUCCUACCCUGUCGCUACGAGCCAGAUGCCGAGAGUACAGUGGUGCAGGUCACCUGGUUUCAGGAGAAACCCGAUGGUGCCAAGGAGCAGAUCAUCACCGCACAUCAUGUAAAUGGAAAAACAGCGUUCGGACCGUGGGCCGAUCGCGUGGAGUUUAGCAGCAACCAACCCACCAAGGACUCGUCUCUGGUCAUCAAGAUCACAAAGAUCUCUGAUGAGGGGAAGUACACCUGCCAUGUCAGCACUUUCCCCUUUGGAAACUUUGACACAGAGUUGUCACUCGUUGUGCAUACUCAUCCCAUUUCCACAGUCGACUCUGUGACUGUGGUGGAGGGACAGCAAUUCAGCCAGGUUGCUACCUGCCGCUCCGUAGCCCGACCCCUGCCUCAGCUCUCCUGGGACACCGAACUGAACGGGAAGUCGGUCAAUCGCACCUCAGACACCGGGGCAGUCUCCUCUCACUUCUCCCUGUACCCCCUGAGAAGCAUGAAUGGAAAGAAGUUGGACUGCCUGGUUUGGCAUCCGACUUACUCGGAACCCCGCAGGUUAAAAAACCAGCUGGUAGUGCACUAUCCGCCGCACGCAGAGGUAUCUGGCUACAAUGGAAACUGGUAUGUGGGUCUGGAGAACGCUGCCCUGAGUUGCGUGAGUGGAGGAAACCCCAAACCACACGUCUUCACCUGGAUCAGGAAAGAUGGAGAAUUGCCGACAGGCAUCAUCGAACACCCGAAUGGAACGCUAGCUUUUGGGCGACCCCUUAACCUUUCAGAUGCGGGCACUUAUCAGUGUGUGGCAACGAAUGAAGUGGGAGUUGGAAAGACAGAGGUGGAGAUUAAUGUGGAAGAAAUUCCCCUGAAGCAGACAAGUGUUGAAAAGGAGCUGAUGUUCAUUGUGGGGGGCGUGGCCAUUGGGCUCCUGAUCUUGUUGCUCACCAUCAUUAUUGCUGUCACAUGUUACCACAAGCGCAAGAACAAGAAGCUAAAGAGACAGCUGACUGAGAAAAAGGAGGAAAUACACACUCUCUCCAGACAAGCCUCUAUCAGGAGAAUGAACUCCAUGAGUACAGACACCAGGAGAACGACAGAGGAAAACAUCCCUCUGAGGGUGGAGGGAACACUGAGGAACAGCCUGUCUUCCCUUGGGGAGCAGCCUCAGUGCCGUGAUAGCCGAUCUACUAUCUCAGGCAGUCGGGGUGGAGGAAUUGCGUAUGACUCUCUGGGCAGACCAGCCAUAUACAACAACUCCCGGAGGGGGAGAGAAAGGCCUCUGGACAGAGACGAGGAAAGCCGACUCAGAGUGGAGAGAUAUGUGAAAAACAGCUCUUUAUCUUUGCCGGAAACUCACUACCACCCUCCUCUCACGCAAUUGCCUCAGAGAAUGCAAACGCCCGACUUUCUGAGGUCGAUGAACGGCAGCCCCGUUGUCCCACUGGAUGUGGGUUUGCGACUGGGAAGCAUGACCAAAAAUCACCAACACCCUCCCGUGAGCAGCACCUGCCCACCCAUAAGGGACGACGAUGAUGAAGUGGACGAAGGGCUGGGCGGUCCUGCCAGUCAAGAGCAACCUUUUGAUCAAGACAGCGAGACGAACAGCUCUCAGGUGUCUGAGGGUCACAGCGUGCCCUGCCACCCCAGUAAUGGCUUGUUAAAAUACAAAAGGAUCCCAAGCCCCCAUCCGGUCAAUCCCCAUGCCUCUAUAAUCCACAAGGCUCAAAUAGUUUAACAGCUGGUGAGAAAAUAAUACGUGAAACUACAGAACUGCACCGCUUUUGUGGAUGCGGUUGACUCCAAAGCAUCUUUAGGGCAUUUCUUAUUGCUGCCUGCUGUUUGGGUGUAUUCCCCAAAUGUUUGCAGAGCUACUGGAAACUAAAGACAAUAUCACACAUUUUCCAGUGCAGCUAAUUCAGCAUCAUCACCGACGAUAUUCCUUUCUGAGCUUUCACAUCACAGCUGUUGCUCUACGCAGCUGCAGGUGACAGGUGAAUGCAGCUGCCCGAGCUUAUGAGGGGAUAUCGAAAGCACUCGUUGUGGAAAAACCAGGAAAUACAGGAGGAGUAAACAAGGCUGUGGGAAAGUCGGUAAAUCUAAAAAGGAGAUUGCAACAGCUCUGUGUUGAGGGUGGACUUCUGAUUUGGUUGUGGUGAGUGUAAGAGUAACUGCCUGUGUUACAUUCUCUUACACAACAUUGGUUGGGACCUGAUCCAGAUUUUUUUUUGGCUUGUUCAUCUCUGGCCACACCUGCAACCACCAUACCUUCAUAUUGUCUUACUGUCCUGGCGCCGUAGGCACUGAGACAGUUUGAAUCAGAUGAAACCUUAAUGCCUAAACAAGAUUAAUGUCCCUUACAUGUAGUGAUCUGUAAAUCUGUACAAAUACACGAGUGAUCUCCCUUUUCUUAAAAAAACAAAGAACAAAAAAACCAAACAAAGAAAACUACAAACGCCUUUGAAAUAGAGCUGUAAUACUUAAAUCUGAAGUAACAAAGACAUAGCAUAGUAACAACAACAAAUAAAAUGUGCUGCAUCCAUCUGCCAGGUCACACAUCCUUCUGCCUCAGUGGCCUCUUUCACGUGCACAUAGUACAUGUGUACUGCAAACAUACUGAUGUAUACAUAUAUAAGAUUAGAGAUAAAAAAGCAUAUACGAAGCAUGCACACUUAAUACAUUAGAGUGCAUUUAUGUUUAGUCUGUCGAUGUUUACACACACAGUAUGAAUUUCAACGUCAAUGGAAUCUGGAAAAGCUGCCAAAUAUUUGGAAAACAUAGUUAGAAUUGAUCAGAGUCUGUAAGUAUUCCUGGAUUCUCACAAAGCAGAUCAUAGAAAUGAAAAAAAAAAAAAGGUUGCCACACAUGGACUUUCUGUACAGUUUGGAACAUUUCCUCCAAAAGAGGACCGUGUCUUUCCAAAAGGAGUUUCACAGGGACAUGUUACAGCCUUUGAUUGCAGCAUAAAAGCCAAACAUGUAUUGUUUAUCUGUGUACACAUUUUUUUUUAAAAUAUCUGUUAUGAGUAUUGGGGAAAAUGUGCCAAAGGGAAAACAUGAAAAAAAAUAACAGGUUUGCUAUUCUGAUAAAUAUGAAGUAUUAUAUUGUUUGUUACAUACAUUUUAUUGUACAAUUGUAUAAUUGUAUUGUUUCCUUUUUGUUAUGUUAUCUGCUGUAAAUACGACUUUUUUCCGAGACACUUGUCUGAUGUUGUUUUAGUUGUGUAAAUAGUGUGCUGGGACAGUUUGUGGCACCUAACAAAUGAGAAGCCAUAAUGUCUGAAAGCGGGUUGCAUUUGCAGACAGUGCCCCCUGAUGUAUACUGCUGGAAAGUGCAGGGGCCUGACUGAGGCAACAAACUGCAGAACUAACCAACUAUGAAAGAUUGUGAUCCAGAUGAUCUUUUUGGACAUUUGCCUGGAUUUCUAAUUAUUUGGAGAGCUUUGGAUGGUUAUCAGCUAGUACUGAUGGGUUGAAAUAAAUGUAUGUGGUUUUUCUAAA